AUGCCUGGGUACCUGCCUGCUUGCGGAUCCUAUCAAUCAACAGAUGGGGAGUACGAGUUGCUUGAAACGGAUAAUGUAGGGAGUGUACCAACAACUCGUCAUGCACUCGACCUGUCUGAAGUUCGAGCGAAUGGGACAGAAAGGAAUAGAACGAGUGAUGGACUGUCAACAGCAGAUCGAACUCUCUACGACCUCUCCAAACAGUAUUCAUCUUCCUUAUCCCUUCGGUUAAGGAGGAGAAGUAAAAGACAAGGAAUACAGAUGAUGAAAGAGGCCCAGCCCGGAUGGGACUAUAAAUCGCAUUCGGCGGGAGGAAAAUUCAAUAAAUAUUCGUAG